AUGAGCUUCCUCUUUAGCCGCUCUUCUAAAACAUUCAAACCAAAGAAGAAUAUCCCUGAAGGAUCUCAUCAGUAUGAACUCUUAAAACAUGCAGAAGCAACUCUAGGAAGUGGGAAUUUGAGACAAGCUGUUAUGUUGCCAGAGGGAGAGGACCUCAAUGAAUGGAUUGCUGUUAACACUGUGGAUUUCUUCAACCAGAUCAACAUGUUAUAUGGAACUAUCACAGAAUUCUGCACUGAAGCAAGCUGUCCAGUCAUGUCUGCAGGUCCAAGAUAUGAAUAUCAUUGGGCAGAUGGUACUAAUAUUAAAAAGCCAAUCAAAUGUUCUGCACCAAAAUACAUUGACUAUUUGAUGACUUGGGUUCAGGAUCAACUUGAUGAUGAAACUCUUUUUCCUUCUAAAAUUGGUGUCCCAUUUCCUAAAAACUUUAUGUCUGUGGCAAAGACCAUUCUAAAGCGUCUGUUCAGGGUUUAUGCCCAUAUUUAUCACCAGCACUUUGAUUCUGUAAUGCAGCUGCAGGAGGAAGCCCACCUCAACACCUCCUUUAAGCACUUUAUUUUCUUCGUUCAGGAGUUUAAUCUGAUUGAUAGGCGUGAGUUGGCACCUCUUCAGGAAUUAAUUGAGAAGCUUGGAUCAAAAGACAGAUAA